CUUAUGACGAUGCUAUUGUGUUAACUGUCAUGAGUUAGCUUGGCUAGCAUUACAUUGACUCGCUGUCAUAUUGUCCCUAAUUCUGGUUUAAGGUAGUCUGUAAUAAGAAGGAACUUUAGCUCUUUAUGUGAUUUCACAAGUACAUUCUGGCUUCAGUAGCUACGCAGAACAGUAAACGCGCAGUGAGGACAGCAUUCGACAGGUUCUUGAAGAAAUGAAAGCUUUAUACGAGCAGAACCAAAGUGAUGUGAGUGAAGCAAAGACUGAGGGCAAGAGUGAACUGAUUCCAACCAUUAAGUUUCGUCACUGCUGUUUGCUGAGGAACCAGCGCUGUAUUACAGCCUACCUCUAUGACCGCCUCCUUCGAAUCCGUGCUCUCCGAUGGGAGUAUGGGAGUGUGUUGCCCACAACAAUUCGGUUCCACAUGUGUGCAGAAGAGUUGGAGUGGUUCAAUCAGUACAAGAAGUCCUUGGCUACCUAUAUGAGGUCACUCGGAGGGGAAGAAGGGUUGGACAUAACACAAGACAUGAAGCCUCCUAAGAGCUUGUAUAUUGAGGUGCGCUGUUUGAAAGACCAUGGGGAAUUUGAAAUAGAUGACGGUACAGUUAUACUCUUGAAGAAGAAUAGUCAGCAUUUUCUUCCCCGAUGGAAAUGUGAGCAGUUGAUUCGACAGGGAGUCCUGGAGCAUGUCAUUUCUUGACUCAGAUGUGCUGGCUUUGGUUACUUAUGUCAGUGGAAAUUAGUAGUUAACUUUAUGUAUUGACAAUUCUAAUCAUUUAACUUUUUUUGCAUGUAAAUGUAAAAAAAAACAAAAACAUU